AUGGGGCGACGUAUUGUAUGGCGAGACGAUGGUCCAAGGAACGGCUUAGAAUGGGCACCUCCGAUUAUGGUAGUAGCAGUGGUCACAUUAUUUGCUUCAACACUGGAUUUGAUGGCAGAUUUUCUAGUGUGUAGUAGGAUCGCAGAAUUUCUCGGAAACUUCCAGAGUAGCAUUGCUAUUCAAGCUGCAUAUGGUUAUUUCUUUUUCACUGGAGUAUCAGUGUUUGUGUACAUCUUUGAAAUGGUUGAUGUUUGUCAAACACUGAAAUAUGAGGAGGAGAACGUUUUUUAUGCAAGACUAGCGAAAAGUCUCGUUUUGGCACUGGAAGAGGUCCCAUUGCCCUUGCUAAUGAACGUGCUGUUCACGAAUGAGCCUCGACUAUCACUGGCUGGCCCAGUGUUCUUCGGAUCAUGUAUCAAACUUGUCGCUCUUACGUGGGGUUUGGUGAAGUUCACAAAGUUGCGUUUCUUUUGGCCGUGUCUUCCACUGAAUCCAAAACACGACGUUCGAGAAAAUGUACGACGAUGUUUCACUCUGAAUCUCUAUCGCUGUACGAUGAUCGUUGUGAAUAUUUGUCAUAUUCUAGCAAUUGUUAUUGUGAUAAGAAAUAUUAUGGCAAGUAGAAACGGUGGACGUCCAAUUGUUGUCAAAGAUGAAACGGCAUGA